CCGAGAGGGCGGCCGCGGGCGCGGCAGGGUGCGCCUGGCCCGGCGACGACUGCAGCUCCUCGAGGUGCUGCAGGGCCGCGGGCGCCCAGUGCUACGGGAAGGACGAGUUUUAGGGCACGGUGGCGGAUUCUGGCUGUCGGCAGGACUGCGUGGCCGGCGAGCCGGACGAAAGCGGCGACGGCGGCUGGAGCUGCGAGGUGCUGGGUGGGCCCAGGGAGGCGCGGGAGGUGGCGCCCGCGGGCCCCGGCGAGGCGGUGGCGGGAUCUUCGCUGUUCUGCUUCGUGGGCGCAUUGAUGGAUGCCGAGGAGGGGCAGCUCGUGGGCUUGGCCAGGGAGCGAGGCGCACACAUCUUCUCGUGCGACGCCCACGCGGUCUAUGAGACCGAACACACCGGCGUCGGGGAGUGGAAGUCGUUCACGAACACAGACGUUUUCAUAAAGAUCUGGAAGCAGGUGCUCGGCGACGCAGCCUACAAGGACCACGACUGGACUGUGAAGGUCGACCCCGAUGCGGUCUUCCUGCCCGACCGGCUGAAGCAGCACCUGGAAGGCUUGAGGGCGCCUGCCGGUGCGAGCCUCUACCUGAAGAACUGCGGCUUCAAGUUCGGCUUCAUGGGCUCGCUGGAGGUCCUGUCUGGGCAGGCCGUGGGCGACUACGCCCGGGACGUGGAAGGCUGCUCGGAGCACCUGGGGCACGACGGGGGCGAGGACUUCUACCUGAUGUCCUGCCUGGACGCGAUCGGUGUCGGGUACAUGGUCGACGACACCGUGCUGGACGACAAGUACACCUAUUCCGACGACUACGACCUCGGCGACGUCUCCUUCUGCGGAUCUGGUUCCGCGGCGGCGUACCACCCUCUCAAGAGACCCGACCAGUGGCAGCAGUGCCUCGACACAGCGUCGCGUUGAGGCUGGCCUGGGGGCAGCGUGGCUUUCUCCCCCUCCUCAUUUCACCCCUCCUCAUCCCCUCUCUCUUCCCCUCCCCCAUCCUUCUC